UCCUUUCCGUCACCUCAAGAGCUCACUCCUCUCCUCUCCUCCCCCUCUAUAAACCCGCCUCCUCUCCUCUCUCCACUCCCGUCUCCCAGAUCAAAGCCCCCGCCCGCACCCCUUCCUCGCGAUCGAUCAUGGCGACUGCUGCUGCGCCCCAGGUGGCUUUCUCGGCGCCGGUUAGCUCGGAUCACGGCGCGAGGAGUUGCGGAAUCAAGGGUAACAACAACCUUAGCUUCAGCAGCAAAUAUUGGUUGGGUGCCACAUUGGCGUGGGAGAGCAAGGCGGUGCGACCCAGCCAUGCGAACAAGGUGUUGUGCAUGUCAGUUCAGCAGGCGAGCAAGAGCAAAGUCGCCGUUGCGCCGCUCUAUUUGGAGAAUGCCAAGGAGCCACCCCUCAACACAUACAAGCCAAAGGAUCCCUACACGGCCACAAUUGUCUCGGUGGAGAGGCUUGUAGGUCCCAAAGCUCCAGGAGAGACAUGCCAUGUCGUCAUUGACCAUGGUGGCAAUGUGCCUUACUGGGAGGGCCAGAGUUACGGUGUGAUUCCUCCUGGAGAAAACCCAAAGAAGCCUGGAGCCCCGCAUAACGUUCGGCUUUAUUCAAUUGCAUCUACUAGGUACGGAGAUAAAUUUGAUGGAAAGACUGCAACGUUGUGUGUCCGUCGGGCAGUUUAUUAUGACUCUGAAACUGGCAAGGAAGACCCCUCAAAGAAUGGUAUCUGCAGUAACUUCCUAUGCAACUCAAAACCUGGGGACAAGAUUCAGUUGACAGGCCCCUCCGGCAAAAUAAUGCUCCUACCUGAGGAUGAUCCAAAUGCGACCCAUAUCAUGAUUGCCACUGGCACUGGUGUUGCUCCCUUCCGUGGGUACCUACGCCGCAUGUUCAUGGAAGAUGUCCCAAAUUACAGAUUUGGUGGCCUAGCCUGGCUCUUCCUUGGCGUUGCUAACUCUGACACUCUUCUCUAUGACGAAGAGUUCACAAGCUAUCUCAAGCAGUACCCAGAUAAUUUCAGGUAUGACAAAGCACUCAGCAGGGAGCAGAAGAACAGGAGCGGUGGCAAGAUGUACGUUCAGGACAAGAUCGAGGAGUACAGCGAUGAAAUUUUCAAGCUUUUGGAUGGUGGUGCUCACAUCUACUUCUGCGGUUUGAAAGGGAUGAUGCCAGGGAUUCAGGACACCCUCAAGAAGGUGGCGGAGCAGAGAGGGGAGAGCUGGGAUCAGAAGCUGUCGCAGCUCAAGAAGAACAAGCAAUGGCACGUCGAGGUUUACUAGGAUUUGGAUUUUAAGGCAUUAUGAUUGUUGUGCUUCGAGUCAAUCCAAGAGGAGAUACAAACAGAUGAUUGAAUGAUGAAUGAUUCUUGUGGCGGUGUAAAAUUUUCGAACUUUUCUUAUGGAGGAGAAUCAUAAAAUCACCCGUGUAAUGCAUAAGCUUCUGCCUCACAUGAUGCACAGAAUGGAGCGUGUAACUUAUGGUCGUUGCAAUUGCAGUGCAGUGGUUUCCUAUC